AUGGCAGACAGCCAUGCGAUCGUGUUCGGGGCAGCCGGCCUGCUGGGAUGGGCCACCCUGAACCAGCUGCUCGCUGGCUAUCCCUCAUCCAAGCCCUUCUCUCGCGUCACUGCUGUCCUCAACCGUCCCGUCGUCGAAUCCGACCUGCAUCUGCCAUCAGGCCCAAAUCGGCCGUCGCUCGAGAUCGUUUCGGGGAUCAAUCUCCUACAGGGGAGCAGCGAUCACUUGGCCACGCAGCUGCGCGAGAAAGUCGCCAACGUGGAAAGCAUCACCCACGUCUUCUACUUUGUCUUCGCACCAUUAGACGAGGACCACACCCAAGAAUGCAGCCAGAACUGCGCCAUCAUGCAGCGCGUCGCCGACGCAUUAAACACCGUCGCCCCAAAGCUGCAAUCAUUUGUUUAUCCAGGGGGAUCAAGAGGCUACGGCGUAUACAUUCCCGGCGGUGUCUUCCAACCACCCCUCCACGAAUCCAUGGCAGAUACUCUGCCCGAAGACUACGCGAAAACGGUCGCCUAUCCCUGGUUCCGAGAGAUCCUGACUGCAGCCAGCAAAGGGCGCGACUGGACGUGGUCUGAAGUGUGCCCGGACGCAGUCGUCGGAUUCACCCCGAAUGGCUCGGCUUAUUCUCUCGCGCUGCACUGGGCGCAAUUUCUCUCUUUGUAUGCGUAUAACAAUAGAAAAUCUGAUGGGAAAGAGGCUGAAGUCCCAUUCCCGGGGAAUGAAGCUGGGUAUCGGUCGCUGUACACCCCUGUAUCUGGAACGAUCCUUGGGCGGAUUUCGAUCCAUGCUGCACUGAGCCCUGGACUGUGUGGGGAGAAGGUCAUCAACAUGCUCGAUAACGACAAGCCGAUUAGUGCGAGUGAUAUAUGGCCAGGGAUCGCGGCGUGGUUUGGACUCAAAGGUGUUGGCCCUACAGCCGAGUCGGAGGAUCUCAAGCCUGGCGAAUAUAUUGAAAAGCACCGCCAUCUUUUCGCGGAGAAUAGGAGACCCAGGGCUUUGACGAGUGGUGUUGGCAUUGGCCAUAAACAGCUGGAUGCUAUUGGAUGGUGGCUGGGAUUCGACAGGCAGUUCAGCGCUGAGCGAUUGAGAUCGGUGGGAUUUACUGAGCAGCGUAACCCGCUUGACGGCUGGCUGGAGACAUUUGAAGCAUUCAGGGAGGCAGGGAUUAUAUUUUAA